AUGGAAGAGGUAUCGGCUGACACGAUCUGGGAGGGAUGGGCGGCGAGGGCGCUUGCCAAGGUCGGGGCGGCUGACUUUCUGAGUAACUUGCCCCAAUUAUGUCUCCCUUUGCCCAGGGCACAGGAAGAACCUCUCGCGGACGUCGCGACAUUCGACGGCCCAGGCCCUUGGGACCGGACCAUGGUGGAGGUGGAUGUGGAGGUCCCGAAGGCCUCCGCGACGGACGGCGAACCAGCUCGGCGCCAGAUGCUGAUCUUCUCCACCAACGACUACCUCAACCUCAGCGCCCAUCCAGCUGUUCGCGGGGCGUCGUCGAAGGUACGCCUUGUAGCUUGUUCAUAUUGAUUGGUGAUUGCCCUCGUCGACUGAUCUGGGAACAGAGACAUCGAGCAGGCGUCGCUGUUAUUCGGGAUGGGGCCGAGGGGCCCUGCCUUGAUCAGUGGCCACACAGAGUACCACCGGCGGCUUGAGAACGCUCUGGCGGAGCUGCACAAGAAGGAGGAUUGUUGUGUGACGGCCACGGGAUUCUCCGCAAACACAGCCUUCCUGGCGGCGCUUGGAGGCGUCGCCACCCAUAACGCGGCGUCGAGAAGGCCAGCGGUGCAGGAGAAAAUCGCCGUGUUCUCCGAUUCCCUGAACCAUCCAGCCACCGUCGAAGGCCUCCGGAUGUCGGAGCACAUGGGCCAAACCCUCGUGUACUCGUACGGGCACAGGAAUAUGGAGAAUCUUGACGAGCUCCUCUCCAAGUGCCCAGUCGAGAAGAAGGUCGUCAUCACGGACAGGUAGGAUUAGCUAUUCAAGUCGCUCAACUUUAAUAUUCCUGUUGACAACGCUGGCCACGAAAUCUUGUCAUUCGUGGAUGGAUUCUCAGGAUAAGAACCAGUCGUUGAUGGCAGACGAAGACAAAAGGAAAAUGUCGUUCACUACAACAAGAUUCAUCUCCCCUAGAGAAGACAGUUUUCUGACCCUGCAAGUCCUCCGAGCUCAAUGCCCUAUUCCUUGUGUGUUACAGUGUAUUCAGCAUGGAGGGCGACAUAGCACCUAUGCACGACCUCGUGCAACUCCGGAAGAAGCACGGUUUCCUAUUCGUCGUCGAUGAAGUAAAUCAAUUUAAUUUCACAAGUGUGCCGCAUUCCUUCUGUCGGCACGUAGCCUUUUUCCGUCUACCGUCUGGACUCUUGGAUCUCUAAUUAGCUUCGCCCGUUUGCAGGCGCACUCGACGUUACUCUGGGGGAGGAAUGGCGGCGGCAUCGGUGAGCAUUUCGGCAUCGAAGAUCAGAUUGACGUUAUCGUCGGGGCGAUGAGUAAGUCGAUCGGAUGCGUGGGCGGGUUCGUAACCGGCAGCAAGAAAUGGUGCGACCUGGUCAGACUUCUGGGUCGUCCCAGCGUGUUCAGCACGACUUCCCCGGUACCCGUCAUCGCCGCCGCUUAUGGUACAGACUCUACCCCAUCAUUCACGUCUUCGGCCCCUUGUGCAUUUCACAACAAAUUCGCCGUGGGCACUCAGCUGCCGUGACGGUGGCCAAGAAGGAGGUUUGGCGCAGGCAAGAAGUGUGGAACCGAGUGCGAGAAUUCACUGAGUUGACCAAGUACCCCGCAGCCAGCCCCAUCAUUUGCCUUGUGGUCGGCUCCGAGGAAGCGACUAUUCGUGCCAGCAAGCACAUGCUGGAACGAGGCUUCCAUAUCACCACCAUUACACCUCCGGUAGUAGCAUCCGACGCUUGCCGGUGAGCUCUCCUCUACUUUCGUCUCCUCCCCUCUUCUCUCCGGUCGUUCCCAAGACCAUCCUGUCUUCUUCCGGCGGCGUGGCUGCUGACGAAUCGUUCCAUUCUCCAGGUUGAGGAUCACACUCACAGCUGCCCAUACUUUGGGGGACCUGAGAAGGCUUGUGGCCGCACUGUCAGAAUGUGUUCCUGGGCUCGACUGCGCAGGUGAUCCCAUCACUUAA